UCCCAAAGUAAGCAGUUCAUGUGAGCGAAGCAUCUGAGGGAUGGUGUGCAGUGUCAGCGCCGACUCUGAAGUGGGAAAAGAUGAGGAGCUGGGAGAAGCGGUGCCAAAAAUGAACGCCGAUCGCAAAAAGACACGGAAAAGCCGGCGCUCGUUUGUGUUGCUAUAAAUGGCCAUCCUAUUCGGUGGUUCCACUCUCCAUCUGAUAAGAGGAGAUGGUGCGGUGGCGUGAAGUACGGCUAUUCAACAGCACCCCUUUCUGCGAUUCCCGGACACUUGCCGGGAGAUUUUUGCGCACUUGCGAAUGAAGAAAGAAAAUCGACAGAAACGAAACGCAGCGCCGCCCAGCAAGUAUGAGGAUCCUGCUGGCUAACUCUGUGGCCGCCGUGCUUGUAUGUACCGGCGUGACUUUGCUUUGUUUCUUUGCUGGGUUGCUCGCCCACGGGCAGGACCGCACCAAACGGGCACUGAUCACGUCUGACGAGCCGCCUUCGAAAACUUUCCGAACGCUGCUCGCUGUGCCCGCCGCUCUCCGGCUUCACUCGAGUAACCGCAGCGGCGCUGGGAGGUCGCGGCAGGACGGAGCCCUCACUCGCAGUCCUGAUCUGGUGGUGGAAGACGGCGUCUUUUGGAGCGAUCGCCUGGAGUCGCAGCUGCCAGGGGGCUUUACUGAUGCCCACGCUCGCGUCUGGAGGAACAAAGCCCGCUCGUCUCGGAUCAUCUCCCUUGAAGAGGGCUGUGGCAGGGCCACCAACCGUUUGGCCACCUUUUCGGACAAUAGUAAGGCCUGCGUCCGCUAUGGGAUUAACGCGGAUCAAGUUCAAGGAGAGGCGCUAUCUUAUUAUCUUGCCAGCCUGCUGGAAAUCCCGAACUUGCCGCCGCUGGUCCUUUCACAGGUGAGCUUCAGCAACGAGCAGUGGUCAGAGGUUCAAGCACAAGUGCGGGACUCCCAGUGGACGGAGAACGCCGUGGUAUCGCUGACAGAGUUCGUGUCAAACUUGAGCGGGGUGGUCACGCCGGUGCCGCUACGCCAUGAGGGCAGGCGGCUGCACCCGCUGUCCGAGGACCUCCGGAACCGGAGCCGGUCGGAACUACUGGAGAUCGUGCAGUGGACGGACCUGAUCCUCUACGACUACCUGACGGCCAACUUCGACCGGCUGGUGAGCAAUCUGUUCAGCCUGCAAUGGGAUCCCAGGGUGAUGGAGAGGGACACUAGGAACCUGCACCGAUCUGCCGACGGCGGACUAGUGUUUAUAGAUAACGAGGCCGGGCUGGUCCACGGCUACCGGGUGCUGGGAAUGUGGGAGAGGUACCACGAUGCUCUGCUCAGGUCGGUGUGUCUCUUCAGGAGGAGAACCGCCCGCCGGAUCUGGGAGAUGCACCGGCGGCAGGACGCGGCGGAGCGCCUGCUGGAGCGCUACGUGGACAACGAGCCGCUGGCCGCCCGCCUGGGCUUUCUGUCCGAGGAGCAGGCUCUGGUCCUGCAGGCUCGUGUGGACCACUUGUACAAACACAUCGCCGGCUGCCGGAAAAAAUACAGCCGCCUAUAGCGCCAGUGCGAGUGUCUGGCGGACUUGAUGACGAGUUUGACUGACAGACGCUCCGAACUGAAAGACGCAUCUGUUGCCUUUUUAUUCUAAAAUUACUCUGUAUAUAUGCACAUUUUUUUUUACUAAAAUUGUCUUAAUAGUUUACCUACCUCUUAUUUUAAUUAACAAUUUAGCAGUCGUAUUUAUGAUUAGGGUGUAUAUACAGUGUGUGUGUGCAAUCCUUCAAAAAGAGCUGAGCCGUACAAUAGAAAAGCGCAAAUCGAAUCGGACACAAAUGUUAAUUAGCCGACCGCCCUCAUUCUGGGAGACCCUCUCGACAGAUCGCUGGGCCACAAUGGACGCGAUUGUCUGGUAGCUGACACCCCCUCAGUGUAAGGAGUGGGGGCUGUUGUUUGGGGGCACAGGCUGCCCAUUGUCCGGGCCCGAGAUAGCCGCGCGUGUGCCUCUCGCGGGACAUUCACACAGGUCCGCUUUAAUGAAGGGCGACGCGCUCAUUCCAUGACACCGGCGCCAUUCGAUUUACACGGCGUUUUGUCCUUCGAAGGCGCAGUUUCUUCCUUUUAUUUAAUUAUUUAUUUAAUUUUUAUUAUAAUGAAAUAUUCACCAGUCGCGGCAAAUACAAUUUCUUUUGUAACGUUUCGAUUGAGAUAUCCACGGCGAGCGCUGCGCGUCAAGUGCAAUCUCCAUUAUCGGCUUACCUCCCAGGAACAGGGGAUAAAAGAAUAAAAAAAUCAGACAGCCUGUUCACGCAUCCGUUAUAACUGAAUAAGAAAAGAAAAUGAGGAAAAUAAAAUUCACUAUGCAAUUACAGCGCCCAAGUGAAAUGCAGGCGGAAAAGUAAAAUAAAGACAAAAAAAGGUCCAAAGCAAGGGCGCCAUUCUCAAAGACAAAAGGGUUCAAGGGCGUCCUUUGCACUUUUAUACGAGUCGGGUGCGGGCAUCCUCGCAGUUUUAAACGCACACACACACACACACAAUUCAGAGCCAGUCUGACUUCGUUUGAAUUUCUAGCAGUUCAAGACAAAAACGGCAUUGUCUGAAAUGUCCCUAAUGGUUGGAGGUUAGAAAACGUACUUUUUAAGGUUAUAGGGAGGGGGCUGCCUAAACUGGCAACAUCAAGCCCAAGGCAGGAGUCGACCCUGGAUGACCCAUAACCAAGGUUAAGUCCAAAUUGCUGCUUGUCCUGUACUGCAAAUGGUACAAAAAAAAAAAAAAGGG